AUGGGCCGAGCAUCGGGAGGUCGGCAGCCCCAAAGUGGAUCCGUUUUCCCGUCCGCUUUUCCUCUUUCCUUUCCACUUUCCAACCUUCCGCUUUCUUCCCUCUUCCUCCUCUUCCCCCAAUCCAUCACUCCUCUAAAAAACAAGGCAUUCAUCAUGUUCGCCGCUCGCCAGUCCUUCAACCUCUUCCAGAAGCGUGCCUUCUCGGCCUCCGCUAGCCAGGCCUCCAAGGUCGCUGUCCUCGGUGCUGCCGGUGGCAUUGGCCAGCCUCUCUCUCUCCUGCUGAAGCUCAACCCCCGUGUUUCUGAGCUCGCUCUCUACGAUAUCCGUGGUGGACCCGGUGUCGCUGCCGAUCUGAGCCACAUCAACACCAACAGCACCGUCACUGGCUACAACCCCGAUGCCGCUGGUCUGCGCGACUGCCUCAAGGACUCUGAGAUCAUUCUCAUCCCCGCUGGUGUCCCCCGCAAGCCCGGCAUGACCCGUGAUGACCUGUUCAACACCAACGCUUCCAUCGUCCGCGACCUCGCCAAGGCCGCUGCCGACGCUGCCCCCAAGGCUCACGUCCUGGUCAUUGCCAACCCCGUCAACUCCACCGUCCCCAUCGUCUCCGAGGUCUACAAGAGCAAGGGUGUCUACGACCCCAAGCGCCUGUUCGGUGUCACCACCCUCGAUGUCGUCCGUGCCUCCCGCUUCAUCUCCCAGGUCCAGAAGACCGACCCCGCUGGUGAGAAGGUCCCCGUUGUCGGUGGCCACUCCGGUGUGACCAUCGUCCCCCUGCUGUCGCAGUCCAACCACGCCUCCAUCUCUGGUGAGACCCGCGACGCUCUCGUCAACCGCAUUCAGUUCGGUGGUGAUGAGGUCGUCAAGGCCAAGGACGGUGCUGGCUCUGCCACUCUCUCCAUGGCCAUGGCCGGUGCUCGCUUCGCCGAGUCCCUCCUCCGCGCCGCCCAGGGCGAGAAGGGUGUCAUUGAGCCCACCUUUGUCGACUCUCCCCUGUACAAGGACCAGGGCAUUGACUUCUUCGCUUCCCGCGUUGAGCUCGGCCCCAACGGUGUUGAGCAGAUCCACCCCGUUGGCCAGGUCAACGAGUACGAGCAGAAGCUCCUCGAUGCCUGCCUGGUUGACCUGAAGAAGAACAUCCAGAAGGGUGUUGACUUUGUCAAGGCCAACCCUUAA